AUUGAACUAUUUUAUACGUAUUUGAAGUUAGCAGCAGUGGACUUUGAGGUUAUUAUUUUUUAUUUAGUUGAUCAUCUUCCACUUUCUCUUUGUAUUUGGGAUUCCCAUAACACAAUUAAUUUAGUUAGUGUAGUGUUAAAAUUUAAAAAAAAAAUGGAUUUUGUGAGAAAUAGAGAGAUUAUGGAAAUGUGCCAAAUUUUAGCCGAACAAGAACAAUUAAAAGUAACCAUUCAGGAGUCUGUAAAAGCUGGAUUUUUAGCAGGGUGUGGUGCAAUUAUGGGAGGAUUAAUGGGUGGGCCUAUAGGAAUUGCAUUAGGUGGAACUUUGGGAUCCAUAACAGGAGCUUGGUGUUCUAAAGGUAAAUUUAAAUCCGUUGCGGAAAUCUUGAGAAACGAUCUAAGUCCUAAUCAACAACAAAAACUUAUAAAACACGUCAAGGCUGCUUUACAAAAGAUUCGACCCGAAGAUUGGGUUUCUCUGCUAACUAUAGUUUUAAAUAGUGCAUCUUUAAAAGAAAUCGUUAUUAAAGAAAUUGGAACAUUUUUGCUGAAAGAAUUAAAUUUAAUUAUGGUUGAGGGAAUUAAGGGAAAAUAAUUGUGUACAAAUUAACAUAUAAAAUUUAGUAAGGUGAUAAUUAUAUAAGUAUUUUUUUAUUGAAUAAA